AUGGCUGAUUUUUUAAACUUGAAACUUUAUCGGUUUUCUUUCUUUUUUCUUUCUUGUUUUUCUUUCUUUCUUUCUUUCUUUCUUUUCUUUCUUUCUUUCUUUCUUUCUUUCUUUCUUUCUGUAGCUUUUUUCUUUCUGUUUAUUUCUGCUUUUGGAACAUCCAAAAAAGUCUGCUUCAUUUCAUCAACAGAAGACUUCUUUGCUUUCUAUCCCCCAUAUAUUAUUCUUUCUUUCUUUCUUUCUUUCUUUCUUUCUUUCUUUCUUUCUUUUCUUUCUUUCUCUCUCCCUUUCAUCAUUCUUUCUUUCUUUCUUUCUUUCUUUCUUUCUCUUUCUAUUUCCUCUAUCCCUCUUUCUUCAAUAUAUUCUGCUUUCUUUCAUCCUUUCAUUCGUUUAUAUUUUUUAAUCUUUUCCUCCUCUAUAUUCUUUCUUUCUUUCUCAUUUUAUUUACUUUCUUCAAUAUAUUCUUUCUUUCUUUCUUUCUCAUUUUAUUUACUUUCUUCAAUAUAUUCUUUCUUUCUUUCUUUCUUUCUUUCUCAUUUUAUUUACUUUCUUCAAUAUAUUCUUUCUUUCUUUCUUUCUUUCUCAUUUUAUUUACUUUCUUCAAUAUAUUCUUUCUUUCUUUCUCAUUUUAUUUACUUUCCUCAAUAUAUUCUUUCUUUCUUUCUUUCUUUCUUUCUCAUUUUAUUUACUUUCUUCAAUAUAUUCUUUCUUUCUUUUUCUAUUGCCUUUAUUACUCUUUUCCAACAUAUUCUUUCUUUCUUGCUUUUUUCCUUUAAUUUCCUCUCUCCCGCUUUCUUCAUCCCCAAAUUUUUUCAUCUUUUACUUCUUCUGAAUGUUCUUUCUUUCUUUCUCAUUCUAUUUCUUCUCUUUCACUUUCUUCAAUAUAUUCUUUCUUUCUCUCUCUCUUUCUUUCUUUCUUUCUUUCGUUUAGUCUCCAUAUUUUUUUUUCAUCUAUUUUCUUCUUCUCUCUAUUCUUUCUUUCUCUUUCCGUUUCCUUUCUUCCACUUUCUUCAAUAUAUUCUUUUUUCUUUCUUUCUCUCUCUCUUUCUUUCUUUCUUUCUUUCUUUCUUUCGUUUAGUCCCCAUAUUUUUUUCAUCUUUUACUUCUUCUGAAUGUUUUUUCUUUCUUUCUCCUUCUAUUUCUUCUCUUUCACUUCAACGUUUUCUUUCUUUCUUUCUUUCUUUCUUUCUUUCUUUCUUUCUUUCUUUCAUCUCAACUGCUAUCCCGCUUUUAUUUCCUUUCCUUCCCUUUCUUUUCUUCUCCAUUGUCCUUUUCCUUCAGUUUAUUCCUUCUGCUAAUCUGUUCCUUUUUCUUUUUCAUCCCCCGCCCGCACUACUCCCCACCCCCAUUCGCCUCUUUAUUUUAUUUACUUUUCUGAGACAUCCUCGAAAUUAUUUCUCACACUUUAUCUAUAAACUAUCACGCUCAUUUCUCUCCUGUCCCCCUCUCACUGUAUCUAUCUCUCUCUCUCUCUCUCUCUGUUUUUCUUUCUUUUCUUCUUCUGUCCAGUACCUUUCUUUCUCUUUACUAACCAAGCUUACCUAUGGUAAUUGCGUUUUCUCUUCCGGCGUUUCGAACCCAGGCAAUAGCAACGAGUUUGCAAUCACAGUUUCCUUUAUUAAGGAAAACAGACUCCCACUAAGUAAGAAGCUUCAGCGGCGGCGGCGCCCACUACUCUCUCCUUCCUUCCAUCCGUACACUUGUUAUAUAAGCAAAGCCUCCACUUUAUACUUAGCUGCCUUUCUACAAACAAAGCCCAAACAGUUCUAA